CCCGCGCGGCGCGCCGUCGGCCCGCCAUGGAGCCCGCCGUGUCGUUGGCUGUGUGCGCGCUGCUCUUCCUGCUCUGGAUCCGCGUGAAGGGGCUGGAGUUCGUGCUCAUUCACCAGCGCUGGGUGUUCGUGUGCCUCUUCCUGCUGCCGCUCUCGCUCAUCUUCGACAUCUACUACUACGUGCGCGCCUGGGUGGUGUUCAAGCUCAGCAGCGCGCCGCGCCUGCAUGGGCAGCGCGUGCGGGACAUCCAGAAGCAGGUACGAGAAUGGAAGGAGCAAGGCAGCAAGACCUUCAUGUGCACAGGGCGCCCUGGCUGGCUCACCGUCUCGCUCCGGGUUGGGAAGUACAAGAAGACACACAAAAACAUUAUGAUCAACCUGAUGGACAUUCUGGAGGUGGACACCAAGAAACAGAUUGUCCGUGUGGAGCCCUUGGUGACCAUGGGUCAGGUGACCACCCUGUUGACCUCCAUUGGCUGGACCCUGCCUGUGUUGCCCGAGCUCGAUGACCUCACAGUGGGGGGCUUGAUCAUGGGCACGGGCAUCGAGUCGUCAUCUCACAAGUACGGCCUUUUCCAGCACAUCUGCACCGCCUACGAGCUGGUCCUGGCUGAUGGCAGCUUUGUGCGCUGCACACCGUCAGAAAACUCAGACCUGUUCUACGCUGUGCCCUGGUCGUGUGGGACCCUGGGCUUCCUGGUGGCUGCCGAGAUUCGCAUCAUUCCCGCCAAGAAGUACAUCAAGCUGCGGUUUGAGCCAGUGCGCGGCCUAGAGGCAAUCUGUAACAAAUUCCAGCAUGAGUCCCAGCAGCAGGAGAACCACUUUGUGGAGGGGCUGCUCUACUCCCUGGACGAGGCUGUCAUCAUGACAGGGGUCAUGACAGAUGAGUUGGAGCCCAGCAAGCUGAAUAGCAUUGGCAACUACUACAAGCCGUGGUUCUUCAAGCACGUGGAGAACUACCUGAAGACAAACCAAGAGGGCCUGGAAUACAUCCCCUUGAGGCAGUACUACCACCGGCACACGCGCAGCAUCUUCUGGGAGCUCCAGGACAUCAUCCCCUUUGGCAACAACCCCAUCUUCCGCUACCUCUUUGGCUGGAUGGUGCCCCCCAAGAUCUCCCUCCUGAAGCUGACACAGGGCGAGACCCUGCGCAAGCUGUACGAGCAGCACCACGUGGUGCAGGACAUGCUGGUGCCCAUGAAGUGCCUGAUGCAGGCCCUGCACACCUUCCACAACGACAUCCACGUCUACCCCAUCUGGCUGUGCCCAUUCAUCCUGCCCAGCCAGCCUGGCCUGGUGCACCCCAAGGGAGACGAGACCGAGCUCUAUGUGGACAUUGGAGCUUACGGGGAGCCGCGCGUGAAGCACUUUGAAGCCAGGUCCUGCAUGAGGCAGCUGGAGAAGUUCGUCCGAAGUGUGCAUGGGUUCCAGAUGCUGUAUGCUGACUGCUAUAUGAACCGCGAGGAGUUCUGGGAGAUGUUUGAUGGCUCCCUGUACCACAAGCUGCGGGAGCAGCUCAGUUGCCAGGAUGCCUUCCCCGAGGUGUAUGACAAGAUCUGCAAGGCCGCCCGGCACUGAGCCAGAGGCCGGCCACAGAGACAGACGUGUGGUGGGCCCUGUCCUCAGGGCCAGGAGUCAUAUUCCCUUCACUCUAAGCCUGGCUGCUCUCCCAGACCCACACUUUCAAAAACAAGCCCCUCCAGAAGUCCCACGCAGACAACCCCGACGGACUGCUCUCAGCUUCCACGGGCCUCCCGAGUGGAGCGGGAAGGACAUGGGAUUUGGAGUCAGGUGAACCUGCGUCUGGUUCCCAGUGCAGCCACUGGCUCUGGGUGAACCACUCAGCCCCUCGGAGCCUGGCUCUUCAUCUGCCGCAGGGCAGCAGUGUCUGCCUACAGGCUGUGCUGGCUGUUCUUGCUUCCCGCUCUGUGUCACAUCCAAGUGCUUUGGGUUUGGUGGUUGAGUCCAGAAGGCUCUGUGUUAGGUCACCUGUGCCCAGACUUGGCUGGCAUGUACUGCUGUUGUUCAGUCAGCCAGAAUUGCUCCUCAGGGGGACAGGGAAGGUUCCUCUCCAUCCCUGGAGUCUCAGGGGGACAACAGAUGGGUGGGCAGGCCCGAGAGGUGCUGUGCCAAAGCCAGGUCCAAUCCCAAAGUUCUCUCUGCCAUCCUUGGUGAUGUCCUGCCCCUCCCUCCUUCGCACUCAGGCUUCCUCCCCGCCCCCAGCUAUCACCAAGUCUACUCCUAGAGGACCAUGUCCCUGGGAAGACAUUUUAGGGCUGACUCCUGUCCUCAGCCUGGGACCUGCCUAGGUGGAAUGAGUGGUUUCUGCUCUGAGUUGGACCUAGAGGUCUGGGCUCAUUUGCUUUCCAACCCUUAUGCGUCUUGACCCCAAAACCCCCUUAGUUGUUAGGGUGUGUCCACGCUGCUCUGCGGUGUCGGGGGUGGGGUGGGCCACACCAGCAGGAAAGUGGAGCCUGCCAUUGUUAGGUUCCAUGAGGAUUCCCACCGUGGGGCUGAAAGAAUAGAACAUUCGUUUGAUUUCCCCAACCACUCAUCUUUUUUUCUUUCUCCCACACCCCAGCUGUAGUUAAUUUUAGUGCCUUACAAAGUUUAAGCUCAGAGAAAAGUUAGCUCCAUUUCUGUUGCAGAGGGAAGGGACCAUCCUUCCCCACUUACUAAAGCUUGGUUUUUUAUGCAGCUCCAUCUUAAGAACUAAAGACCCAGAGUCUGGGAAGGAAUUGCGUCCUGUAAGGGAAGCCAGGCAGUGACAUUCUGAGAGAGGGUGUGCACUACCAGGAGUCAGCUGUGGGCAAGUCAUUUGUUCCUCUGAACUACAGUUUAUCCUCAUCCACCACAUCAGUGCAGACAAGACUUCCCUGGGGGCCAUUCUGUUAUAGAAGUGCGUGGCUGUCUUACACCCUGUGGUUGCAAACCCCAUGGAAAGUCAGGAAAAACAAACGAUCAAGUGGACACUUGGGGGUGGUCAGUCACUUAAGGUCCUUCCUUCAUCUCAUGUUCUGAAAGGCUUGCAGGAAGUGUCCGUCUUGUCACUGCAGGUUGCCAGAGUCCUCACAGAGUCUCGGUUUGACUGACAGUUGCUCACCCACCCCACCCAGGCCUCAGCAUGCUGCAGAGUAUCUUAGCAUGGUCCUGUGAGUGCGGGUGCAUUCAUGGCACUCAAGGCAAAGGGACCUCCUUACCCUUGGGCCCCUGGAGGGGCCGUAGGAAAACUAUCAGAAACUCAUUCUCUAGUGUGUAUGCAAAGCACAUGAAUUCUGGCAUUAGCUCUCAUGGUGGGCCCACGUGCUUCCGCUCUGGGUUAAACCAAUGAUCCUACUUGCUGUAGAGGAAUGGCUAACCCGGGCAGAUAACCCAACAGAUAGGCUCCAUCCUGUCACCCCUGUGGCCUCUAUCCCUAAGCCACUGGGAGUGUGGCCAGAGAUGCCAGCAGCCUCUGUUGUCCUUAGUCCUAUGAACCAAAAUCCUGUCCCCGCAGACCUCACCUGGAACCUGGGGCUUGGCAAGGAAGGUCUUGGGAUUGCACCAGCCUCAGGUUAAUGUUUUUCUCCAGUAACGUCUUGCCUGGAAAGGGCAGUCUUCCAGCAUGGUGAGCAGCCAGCUUUUUCUUGUAGCCAGUCCCUUCACUGUCCAGCCGGGUGUGGUUUCCAGUGGAGUUAACUUCGCAUCUGGGGCAAUGUGGAAAGUAACAGAAUAGGCCUCUCCCUCCAGAGCCGCAAGUUGCGUGGCUGCAUGAAAGUUUUCUGUAAAAUCCAUUAUAGCCCGUUUCUUUGGCUGGAAGGAUGCAUAGUUUAGUUGGGUGUUACUAAAAGGGAAAGGAGGGGUGGGGAUGGGAUGUGUGUUUUUCCCCCCUUGGUCACAGGGCCCCAGCAGAAAGGCAUGAGUCUCCCCUGGCAGGCUGUCAACCACAGGCGUCGUGCCUGCUGUCCAGAAUAUUUUGUGUCCCCGUGGCUGUGUGGCCCCCGCUUCUGUAAAAAUAAAAGUGUA